CGAACUAGGAACUCGGAACACAGCAGCAGCUGCGACCAUUUCUAUAAGGAUUUUAUGGGAAGGAUGUUUUUUUCAGUUUAACCCGGGUAAUCGCCUUACAUGAGGUGCUGGCGUUUUUCACCUUGCAGGGUGACUGGAUAUGGAAUACGAUGAUAAACUGGUCCGGUUCCGCCAGGGUCAUCUCAAUCCCUUUGAUAAACAAGGGGGAGCAGAGCGCCACCCUGCAGACUCUGAAGCGCAGCCUCCCAAAGAUUCCUCUACAAUUUCUCCACACUCCAUACCAGAAUACCACUGCCCAGACCGAGUGAUGGACCUUGGCGUAUCUGAGGAUCAUUUCUCCCGGCCCGUGGGCCUUUUCUUAGCAUCUGAUAUCCAGCAGCUGAGGCAGGCGAUCGAGGAGUGUAAGCAGGAGAUCCUAGAGCUGCCGGAGAACUCUGACAGACAGAAGGAUGCAGUGGUCAGACUCAUCCACCUACGGCUCAAGCUGCAAGAACUGAAUGACCCCCUUGAGGAUGAGCCAAAUCUGCGCAUUUUGUUGGAGCAUCGAUUUUACAAGGAAAAAAGCAAAAGCGUGAAACAUGUCUGCGACAAGUGCAGCACAUUUAUCUGGGGCCUGAUCCAAACGUGGUACACCUGCACUGGUUGUAGCUAUAGCUGUCACAGCAAAUGUCUAAACUUAAUCACCAAACCCUGCGUAAGAUCAAAAGUCAGUCAUCAGGCUGAGUACGAGUUGUCAAUUUGCCCAGAGGCUGGGUUGGACAGUCAGGACUACCGUUGUGCUGAAUGCCGAACUCCCAUUUCUUUAAGAGCUGUUCCCAGUGAAGCUCGGCAAUGUGAUUACACUGGGCAGUAUUACUGCAUCAGUUGCCAUUGGAAUGAUCUUGCUGUUAUCCCAGCCCGGGCCAUACACAACUGGGACUUUGAACCCCGCAAGGUAUCUCGAUGCAGUAUGCGAUAUCUUGCUCUGAUGUUGGGACGCCCUGUGCUAAAGUUACGUGAGAUCAAUCCAUUGCUUUUCAACUACGUGGAGGAGCUGGUGGAAAUUCGGAAACUGCGUCAGGACAUUCUUCUGAUGAAGCCAUAUUUCAUCACAUGCAAGGAAGCCAUGGAAGCUCGGCUUCUUCUCCAGCUGCAGGAUCGCCAGCACUUUGUGGAAAAUGAUGAUAUGUACUCGCUACAAGACUUGCUAGACAUCAGCAGUGGGCGGUUGGGUUGUACUCUUACAGAAAUCCAUACCACCUUUGCCAAACACAUAAAGCUGGACUGUGAGCGAUGUCAAGCCAAGGGUUUUGUGUGUGAGCUGUGCAAGGAGGGAGACAUUCUCUUCCCAUUUGAUAGUCAUACGUCUGUGUGCCAAGACUGCGCUGCUGUGUUCCAUAGGGACUGUUAUUAUGAUAACUCCACCAGCUGUCCACGGUGCAUGAGACUCAGCCUAAGGAAACAGACGCAGAAUCCUGAAGCGGAGCCGUAGCUGAGCAUCUUCAUUACGAUGAACUUGUAUAUCACAUCAGGACAGGAUUUGACCCUGAGCUUGAACAAUCAGCCUCUAUACAUUGACUAAAAAGCAAGUCAGGCAUGCACUACAUGUACCACUUACUGUAAUUGACUUCAUGUAUUUUCUUGUGCCUGGGAGACCAACAGCACAUUCCAAAAUGCUGUACAGCUACUAGAUGCUAACCUACUGCAACAUUCGGACAUUUCUAGUUGAAUUCCAGGAAGCCGAGGAGUUGGUGAUGAUUAUUCCUAUACAGAUCUCCUAUGGUGCCUUAUUAGUACAUGGAGAGAAUUACGUCUGUAUCUUUCUGGGAAACGAAGUUCUUGUCCUUUAUCAAUGACUUUACUCUUGGACCUGCUCUCUUGACUUGAAGGUUUGGAGCCUGUUGCACAGUGUGAUGCGACCGUGAUCACAAACUCUGUAGAGCUGCGGUGACUGGAAAAAGAGGAUGUAGAAUAUAUUUAUAUGCUACAGAAUUAUGUCUACAUUGCUGAGAGAGCUCUUCUUUUAAUUUUUUAAUAAAACUGCUCAGUAUUUAUUAACAGGGGCCAUGAAGUCUCUGUAUGACCCUGAGCGGAAAUAAGAAAUGAUAUUGGGAAACCAUAAAAAGAAUGUUAAGUGGUUGCACUUUUUGACCUAUUUCUGCUGCUACAUAAAAAGUAUUAAACGCCUCCUGAACCAAUGGAAA